ACUGUUUUUUAUUAUUAUUGUGUCAAUUGUCACAUAAAAAAACAGGUUAGUUUUUUUACUGAUAACACAUCAUCAAAUUGCUUAAAACUUUUUAAAUCACAUCAAUACAGAUAUCAAAUGUGUUACAAGAGUUAAAACAAAGUUAAUUAAGUUCAAAAUGAAAUAAUAAUAUAAAUCAUUAUUAGUGUGUAUUUUAAUGUGAUAAAAAAGACAAUUUAAAAAAUGAUAAUUGUCAAAAAUAAUUAGUUAAAUAGCUCAUUAUAAAUUGUGACAAAUUGAAUUAAUGACAAAUGUGUCAUAUCAUCAUUUGACAGCAGCCACAUCAUCUACAAUUUAGUCUAGCCUUGAAAAGUACAUGUAAAAAAAAUAUAAUACAAUUAAAAUAUGUAAUCAGCUGUAUAUGUCAACAAUUUUAUUUUUUUUUUUACUUGUAAGCAUAUGCUUCAUUAAAAAAAAUUUUUAUUAUAAAAUUAUUACAAGUAUUACGUGUCAAAUUUGUAUUUCACUUGAAUAAGUUAUACAAACUUUAACACUCGUUAUCAGUAGAUAAAAAAAUUAAAUAAAAUUAUCAAGUAUCGUUAAAAAUAAAUAAAAAAAAACAUUCUUUACAAAGUUGUAUGAAUUAAUUUUUUUUCUUUUUAUUUUAUCGAUAAAGUAUUGACAUAUAUUUAUAUGUGAGUUUAAAAAUAAUAAAAUCAGGUGACCAUACAAUCAGUAUGAGAAUAUCAACGUGAUUUUAUUGAUUGACAUUUUAUUUUAAUUAAAAAAUUCAUAAUAAACAUAAUAAAUAAUAACAAAGAGAAAAAAAGAUAAUUAUUUGUAUUAAAAUUAUACGAAUAAUGAGAAAACAUUCAAGAAUAAGAUCUUGACAAAUAAAAAUAAAAAAACAAUCUAGGCUGUUAAAAUGGCUAGAAAAUAUAUGAUAAUUGGAUUAUUGAUUGUUGGACAAGUUCUUGAUUUAUCAUGUGCUUCAAGUGAAGAUAAUCAUGUAGAAUUUAUGAGUAGAAAAGAGCGAAACUCUCUCAAGGAGGAAGCUCGAGAUAUGUUUUAUCAUGCAUACAAUGCUUACAUGGACAAUGCUUAUCCAGCUGAUGAAUUAAUGCCACUGAGUUGUAAAGGAAGAUAUCGUGGAUCAGAACCAGAUAGAGGUGAUAUUGAUUCGACACUUGGUAAUUUUUCAUUAACACUUGUCGACACACUUGAUACACUUGUUGUACUUGGUGAUCUUGGUGAAUUUGAAAAUGCUGUUAAAUUAAUUGUUACAAAUGUUACAUUUGAUACUGAUGUUAUUGUAUCUUUAUUUGAAACAAAUAUUCGUAUGCUUGGGGGUCUUUUGAGUGGACACAUACUUGCUGAAUAUUUACAAAUACGUGCUGAUAUUAUGCCAUGGUAUCGUGGUGAACUUUUGGCUCUUGCUAAAGAUUUAGGAUACAGAUUUUUACCAGCAUUUAAUACAACAACUGGAAUUCCAUAUGGUAGAAUUAAUUUACAAAAUGGAAUGAAAGGUAUACCAGCUGAAAUGUGUCGUGAAACAUGUACAGCAUGUGCUGGAAGUAUGAUAUUAGAAAUGGCAACAUUAUCUAGAUUAACUGGUGAAACAAUAUUUGAAGAAAAAGCACAAAAAGCUAUGGAUGCUCUGUGGAAAAUGAGACACAGAGGAACUGAUCUUAUGGGAUCAGUAUUAAAUGUACAUUCUGGCGAUUGGGUCAGACGUGAUUCUGGUGUUGGUGCUGGAAUUGAUUCAUACUAUGAAUACUGUCUGAAAGCAUAUAUUUUAUUAGGCGAUGAAAAAUAUUUGGGUCGUUUUAAUAAACAUUACCAGGCUGUGAUGAAAUAUGUAAGUCAAGGUCCAAUGUUACUCGAUGUACACAUGCACAGACCAAAUACAAAUUCAAAAAAUUUUAUGGAUGCUCUUUUGGCAUUUUGGCCUGGACUUCAGGUAUUAAAAGGUGAUAUAAAACCAGCAGUAGAAACUCAUGAAAUGUUGUAUCAAGUUAUGCAAAGACAUAAUUUUAUACCAGAAGCAUUUACAACUGAUUUUCAAGUUCAUUGGGGACAUCAUCCAUUACGUCCAGAAUUUUUAGAAUCAACUUAUUUUCUAUAUCGUGCAACUGGUGAUCAUUAUUAUUUGGGUGUUGGUCGUAAAGUUCUUAAAAGUCUUCAAACAUAUGCCAGAGUACCUUGUGGCUAUGCAGCUGUAUCAGAUGUUCGUACAAAUAAACAUGAUGAUACAAUGGAAAGUUUUGUAUUAUCUGAAACUUUCAAGUAUUUAUUUCUUUUAUUUGCUGAACCAAGUGAAUUGGUACUUGAUUUAGAUGAAUUUAUAUUUACAACUGAAGGACAUUUAUUGCCAUUAACUUUGGCUGCUGUUCGUAGUAAUUUUUCAUCAGAAAUUGAUUUAGAUGCUGUUGAAGUUGAAGAACUUGAUCGUACAUGUCCAAAUAGUUUACAUUUAUUUCCAGCAUCAGUACGUCAACCAUUACGUAAUAUGGUUGAAGAUGUUUGUCCAAGAAGAACAGUUAAACGUCGUUUAAGUGCAUCACAAUUUCAAGCAAAUAAUUUAGAACACUUGAAAAUGUUAAGUAAUAUGGGAAUAACAAUAUUAACAUCAGCUGAUGGACGUAUUCAAUUAUUGCAUACAUUUUCAAAUGCAAGAACAGUACAAGAUGCUGAAGAGGGCCUUAUGUUUAUGCAAGAAAUGGUUGAGUUAAGUAGAAGACAAGCUAAAGAAUCAGAAACAAGACCUGAGGCAGUAACAUAUUUAAGAAAAGAUAUUGAAGGAUUUAAAGAGGUUACAUUAAUUGGUGGACCAGCACAAUUUGGACCAAAAUUACGUGGUAACAGUAAGAUUAUUGGUAAACCAGUACUUACUGAACCAGCUGAAGGUUGUGAUACAUUAGUUAAUGCUAAAAUGAUUGAAGGAAAUAUUGCACUUGUAUCUAGAGGAAAUUGUAUGUUUAUUGAAAAAGCUAAAAUAAUUCAAGAAGCUGGUGCAUUAGCUGGUAUUGUAUUGGAUACAACAAUUGGCUCAAGUUCAACUACAUCACCAAUGUUUGCAAUGUCAGGUGAUGGAACAACAACUGAUGAUAUUAAAAUACCAUUUGUUUUUUUGUUUAAUACUGAAGCAACUGAACUUGUACGUGCAAUUAUUGAUAGUGAUAAUGACAUUGUUGUAACAAUUGGUGAUUAUAUUGGUGAUGAUAUUUUAUUAAAAUCACCAGAUGAUGAUAAAUCCAUGUUUGAAAGAAUAAAAAGUUCAGUUAAAGAAUUUUUAUCACGUCCAGUAUCAAGUCAGAGUCCAACCGGAGGCAGUCAAAACACCAUUGUGGCACCAAUAGAAUUAAAAAUUGAUAAUGAAAUUAUCAAGAGUGAAGAAUUAAUAAUUGAGCAUCAAAAAUUACGUGCAUUUAUUCCAAAAAAUUUGAUAAAUGAGGAUAAAAAAUCAAGACAAAUUAUUCCAUUAAUAAAAAUAACAACAGAUGCAAAUAUUGUUAUUGAACCACCAUUAAAAAAUACAAUAACAACUAAAAAAAUAUCACCAAAUUUAUCUGAUAUUGAUUUAUCAUCAACUGAAAAAGUUUGGUAUGCUGUUAAGCAAAUAAUAAUGAAUCAAAUAUAUGCUAAAAGUAAAAAACCACCAUUUAAAAUAAUUCCAUUGACACAAAUUGAAGGAUACUAUGAUUGGUUAGAAAAAGAAAGAAAUGAACCAACAGAUAAUACAAUAAUUAAAAAAAAUUUAAAUACAAUUGAACUUGUCAAUUGGUUUUUAAAAGAAUUAUCUGAUAUUGAACCAAAACUUGAAGCAUUUGAUCCAUUCAAUGGAUUGCCACCAAAUUUAGCAAAAAAAUUAAAAUCAAUUUUACUUCAAGUUAAUAAAAAUUCAAAAGAAAUGGAAGCUCUCAUUGAGUCAUACAAAGUAUAUGACAAUCUUUUAGAAAAUAUUCAAGAUGUAUUAAAAAAUUUACGAAGUGAAUUUCAUAAAGUAGCUAAAGUUAGUAAAGACAAUACAACACCAGUAUUGAAUGAUGAUAUUUUAGCUAAACAAUUUAUUGACGAUGAACAACCUAAAGAUGAUGAUAAAGAAAAAAUAAUAACAGAAGAAAAUGAAGAAUUAAAUUUAACUAAUGAAGUAGUUAGUGAUGAAGGUGCAAUUAAAAAAAGUGAAAAUAAAUUUGAUGAUGAACUUUAACAAUUUAAUAUGAGAAUAUAUAGUAUUGAUAAUAAUUAAUAACACAAGACUUAUUUGUUGUAAAUAACAACAUUUUUUUUUGUUUUUUAAAUUUAUUUUUCUACGUGUUCAACAUAAUCAAUAGUUAAUUAAUUCAUUAAUCAAAGCAUCAAUCUAUCUAUCAAAAAAAGUCCAAGAAAAAUAAAACUUAAAAAAUGUACAAAAAAAAA